GGACCACACAGCCUUGUCUAUCCCUGCUGUUUCCCUCCACUCCCCUCCAGGUACAAUCAAGCAGUGCCUGACGUUAACGGUGUCCUAACAAGAAGCAAGAAACAAGCAUCUCUCAGUAGCAGCAUCACCAUCGCCUCUGCUAAACAUCCGGGUGUUCCUCUGAAUGCGCACGUUCCACUCUGCAGCUGCGUUUCCGUGUUAGUUGAGGGAAGAGUCAGGACAGAAGCAGAAACGGAGAGGGAGGCGAAGGAUUUCAUAGCAAAAUAAAUAAAUAAAUAAAUAAAUAAAUAAAUAAAGAUUCAUUGCAAAAUACUUAUUCGACGGUCAGCAAAAAGGUGACGGACGACCAUAUAUUUUGACAUGGAGCCUGCAGUUACAACACUCUCUGACAUGUGAGAUUUACAGAUACACUGUAGAAGAGCGAGUGUGCGUCUGUUUCCCCCCCACACCCCCCUUGUACGUAUUUCAUUUUUGUGGUUCAUCCUCGUCUUUGUGUUUUGGGGAAACAAUGAAGAAGUUUAACAUCAGGAAGGUGCUGGACGGCCUGUCGGCGGCUUCAUCCUCUUCUUCUCAGCCUGGAAACAGGGAGAAUGACAUCCACGAGACCCUCCAGUCCGAGCACUUCCAGCUCUGCAAGACGGUCCGUCAUGGAUUCCCCUAUCAGCCUUCCGCUAUGGCUUUUGAUCCUGUGCAGAAAAUCUUGGCCAUUGGAACCCAGAAUGGAUCUUUGAGGCUCUUUGGCCGCCCAGGGGUCGAGUGCUACUGCCAACAUGACAAUGGAGCAGCGGUGAUCCAGCUCCAGUUCCUGAUUAACGAGGGAGCCCUCGUGAGUGCCUUGGCAGACGACAGCAUUCACCUCUGGAACCUGCGGCAAAAGCGACCUGCCAUUCUUCAUUCCCUCAAAUUCAACAGAGAGAGGAUAACAUUUUGCCAUCUGCCUUUCCAGAGUAAAUGGUUGUAUGUUGGCACAGAAAGAGGAAAUAUUCACAUUGUCAAUGUGGAGUCCUUCACCCUCUCAGGCUACGUCAUUAUGUGGAAUAAAGCCAUCGAACUGUCAUCCAAGGCCCACCCAGGGUCAGUCGUCCACAUAAGUGAUAAUCCAAUAGAUGAAGGAAAGCUUCUAAUUGGGUUUGAGUCUGGAACAGUAGUUUUAUGGGACCUCAAGUCAAAGAAAGCAGACUACCGAUGCACAUACGAUGAGGCUAUCCACUCUGUUGCCUGGCAUCAUGAAGGAAAACAGUUCAUCUGUAGCCAUUCAGAUGGCACUUUGACCAUAUGGAAUGUAAGAUCCCCUGCCAAGUUUGCACAGAUAAUCACGCCACAUGGUAAGCAGCCAAAGGAUGGAAAAAAGCCGGAACCCUGCAAACCUAUCCUGAAAGUGGAAUAUAAAACAACCAGAACUGGAGAUCCAUUCAUGAUUCUAUCAGGGGGCCUGUCAUACGAUACUGUAGGAAGAAGACCAUGUUUAACAGUAAUGCAUGGAAAGAGCACUGCUGUACUAGAAAUGGAUUAUCCUAUUGUUGAUUUUCUAACACUCUGCGAAACGCCAUAUCCUAAUGAUGUUCAGGAACCGUAUGCUGUAGUGGUCCUUCUAGAAAAGGAUUUAGUAGUUAUUGAUCUUGCACAAAAUGGGUACCCUAUAUUUGAAAACCCUUAUCCUCUGAGUAUACAUGAAUCCCCUGUUACUUGCUGUGAAUACUUUGCUGACUGCCCUGUGGACCUCAUUCCUGCACUUUAUUCAGUUGGAUCAAGGCAGAAGCGGCAAGGAUACAGUAAAAAGGAAUGGCCUAUCAGUGGUGGUAACUGGGGUCUUGGCUCACAAAGCUAUCCAGAAAUAAUUAUCACUGGGCAUGCAGAUGGAUCAAUAAAAUUCUGGGAUGCCUCUGCAAUAAUGUUACAAGUACUGUACAAACUGAAGACAGCCAAGGUGUUCGAAAAAUCUCGGAACAAGGAUGAUAAGCCCAACACAGAUAUAGUAGAUGAGGACCCCUUUGCCAUUCAGAUCCUGUCCUGGUGCCCAGAGAGCAGGAUACUGUGUGUUGCUGGAGUCUCUGCCCAUGUCAUCAUCUAUAAAUUCAGCAAACAGGAAGGGACGACGGAAGUUGUACAGCUACUAGAAGUUCGGUUACAGUAUGAGCUCAAUGAUGUUGAAUCUCCGGAGGGCGAUCAGGUCCCAUCCCUACCGACCCCUGGAGCCACUUCCAACUCCCAGCCGCCCCCACCUCAGUCCCACCCCUCCACCAGCAGCAGCUCUUCCGACGGCAUUCGGGACAAUGUACCCUGCCUCAAAGUACGAAGCACUCCACUCAAACAAUCCGCAGGCUACCAGGUGGAGCUGGUUAUUCAGCUGGUCUGGGUCAGCGGGGAACCUCCACAACAAAUAACCAGUCUUGGUGUUAACUCAUCAUGUGGGCUUGUGGUUUUUGGAAAUAGUAAUGGCCUUGCAAUCAUUGACUACCUUCAGAAGACUGUUCUUAUAAACCUGGGGACACUUGAGUUAUAUGGAUCCAAUGAUCCUUAUCAAAGACAGCCAAGAUCUCCUCGCAAAACACGGCAACCAUCUGGAGGUAUGCUGACAGUGGCAUCUUGCAUGUGUGGCCUUUCUAACUUAUAUUCUGAGUCUGUGAAAAGGCUUCGCUCCUCUUAUCUAAGUCUUUGUGAUAUUAACGAGGGAUCCACAACUUCAGAAGAUCGAUGCAAAUCGCCAACUUCAGUGAAGACCAAAAACAGAAUAUUUUCCAAGACGGUAGUCUAUGAUCUAGUGGUGAUGACUAGCCAUCAAGAAUUCUACAAUGGAGGAGGUAAAGGAGGAGCAAAGAUGUCACGGAAAUUAAGCUUGCCUACUGAGCUAAAGCCAGACUUGGAUAUCAGAGACAACUCGUUCAGUCGCUCGCGCAGCUCCAGUGUGACGAGCAUCGACAAAGAGUCCCAGGAGGCCAUCACAUCGUUCCAGUUUUGUGAGACCUUCACACGGAAGACCGAUAGUACCACGGCUCCAAGCCUGUGGGUGGGCACUACCCUGGGCACAGUGCUGGUUAUUGUACUGAACCUCCCGCCUGCAGGAGAACAGAGGCUUCUCCAGCCUGUCAUCGUUUUGCCCAGUGGUACAAUGAUAAGACUUAAGGGGGCUAUUUUGAGGAUGUCCUUUCUGGACUCAACAGGAGCAUUGUAUCCUCCAGCCUGCGAGCCCUGGCGUGAGCCCAAUGCCCCCGAUGAUAAGGAUGAAAAAGACAAGUUAAGAAAACGACGGCCUGUGUCCAUAUCCCCAUCAGCCUCUCAGGAAAUCAGUGAAAACCAGUAUGCAGUGAUCUGUUCAGAAAAACAAGCCAAGGUUAUCGCACUGCCAUCCCAGAACUGCAUAUAUAAACACAAUAUCACAGAGACUUCGUUUGUUCUCCGGGCUGACAUGGUGCAAAUGAGCAACAGCAUCUGCCUUGCCUGUUUCUGUGCCAAUGGACAUAUCAUGACAUUAAGUUUGCCAAGUCUAAGACCGCUGUUGGAUGUAAAUUACCUGCCCCUGACCGAUAUGCGGAUAGCUAGAACUUUCUGCUUUACCAACAACGGGCAGGCUUUAUAUCUCGUCUCACCCACUGAGAUCCAGCGAAUAACCUACAGCCAAGACAUGUGUGAGAAUUUACAGGAGAUGUUGGGAGAGCUGUUUACACCAGUAGAAACGCCUGAGGCACCAAACAGGGGUUUCUUUAAAGGUCUCUUUGGAGGUGGAGCGCAAUCACUGGACAGAGAAGAACUUUUUGGUGAAUCAGUUGCUGGGAAGGCCUCUCGGAGUCUUGCCCAACAUAUCCCUGGCCCAGGGGGCAUCGAAGGGAUGAAGGGAGCAGCGUCUGGGGUCGUGGGGGACCUGGCCCGAGCCCGGAUAGCUCUAGAUGAGAGGGGGCAGAAACUUGGAGAGCUGGAGGAGAGGGCAGCAGCCAUGAUGGCCAGUGCUGACUCGUUCUCAAAGCACGCACACGGCAUGAUGCUGAAGUGCAAAGAUAAGAAGUGGUACCAGUUCUGAUAAAAAAAAAAAAAAACCAAA